ACGGUGACGACACGAGUCCGGAGAUCGGGCCGGGGCCGGCGCGUUCUUUGUCUGUGUGUGGCACGGACGUUGGCUGUGUGAUCGCGUGGCCGGGCGCCUUGUUCGCCAUUUGUUUUCUCGAACCCGACGAGCCGGUAAUCGCGCCCUCCCAGUGAGCACGACCGCGCACGGACACCGCCCCCGCAUUCGAUGAGCCAUCUGAAGCGCAAGGCAGACGGCCCGCUCCUCCCCCUGCGCGCCCCGAAGCAGCCCAGAACCGCCUUCCUCGGCUACGACGGCGCCAACGCGGGGCCCUCCAACCUCAUGGGUGUCCUCUCCAAGUGGAUGGCGUCCGUCGGCGAGAUCAUGGAGUCGGGGCUGAACGCCGUCCGAGACCUGUCUCUCCUGCCCCCCGAGGAAUCACAGCCUGUUCGGCAGGCAAAUGGCGACGCGCGCGUGCCACAGGCGAAUGGGCAUGCGACGCGCCCCUCCGCUCCCGGCCCCUCGCGCCAAGCGGCACCAACACGUCCUGUACAAAUACCCCCGCCUCCCUGCGCGCCGCCUAAAUCCCUCAGGCCGCUUCCUGCCUCUUCCUCCCAACGCGACGCCGCCCGCAUGCCACCACCACCCGUCCCAAACGGUCUCCGGCCCUCUACCUCUCUGCCAUCUUCUUCCUCUGGCUCAUCCUCUACCUCCUCGAGCCUCAGCAGCAACCCAGCCCCUGCGGACGUGCGCAUUGCGAAAGCGCUCGAGGAGAGGAGGAGAAGGAAUGAGCUGGAGAAGCAGGGUGUUGCACGCUUGUAUGAGGAUAGACCACACAUAUAUGCGAAACAAGUAAUUGUAUCCAUUCCCGCAUUGCGCCCUAAAAACUGACCCCGCGCCUUAGCACAAGCAGCGCGUAAGGGAGGCCACACAACUCGAUUUUGAGAAGACGAGGAAAGAGAUCUUCGACAUCAAGCGGAGGUCCGGGUACAGCUCAAGCGAAGAGGAGUUC